AGCCGGUGUGUUUUUGUGUAUCUCUCGACAUAUUGGUGUGGCUCCCUGCAUUGGUGUUUUCACUUUUCCCCCCAGUCGCUCGAGAGUCGAGAGCGGCCGAUGGUCUCUCUCUCUGCCGGUUUUUCAAUGACCGUUAAAUAAAAAAGGACAACAAUAUAAAAUACCAUAAACUCCAAUAAGGAUUUGUUGUAAAUAAAUUCAUCAAUAAAAAUAACUAAUAUACUGUACAAUUUGUUUAAAAAAUAAUAAUAAAAAUUAGUUAAUAUUUAGUGUGUAUUGUGCAAAAAGUAAAUAAAUAAAAAAAAAAACAUAAACAUGGCGGCUGCAAGUGUAACGUGUAGAGCCUUUGUCGUCCUGAGACUUGAAAUUACUCGUCCUUUGAGUGUUGCAUCCUUGACUAAUCAAAGAAGAUAUCGAAAUGAAACAUGGUGUCGAAGAUGGUGGAAUAUAUCUCAACGAAGUUUAUCAACAACAACACCAACAUUUUCACCAAAUAUAAGUCCAAUACUUGCAAAAGAAGCAAAAAAUCAACAUCACAAAAAUCAUAAAGAUGCAAAACAUGAUGAUUCUCAUCAAAUUGACUCAACAACAAUGACUGAUGUAACUGUUGAUUUUCACCGGGGAUUUCCGCGAAUCACUGUACCAUUACCAUCGAGAAAAGAGAAAUGUAUGUUUACCUUGAAACCAAUAACACAUACUGUUGGAGAUUUUAUCAGUAUGCUUAAAGCUGAAGAUUUGGGUAUUGAUAGAGCAUGCAUUACUACAAUAGAUGGAAUAAGAAUAGGCAGUGGAAAUACGAUAGAAUCAUUAUUAGAUGCUGACUUUAAAUUAGUCAUGAAUGAUGUUACAUAUGAUGUAUCACCACCUGAUCAAGAAAAAUAUUCAACGGAAUCUGUCGAGAAACUUUCAGAUGUUCAAUUGACAGUUUGUCAACUUUACGAAUCACUUCACUGUCAAGAGUAUAAUUCUAUUUUGGAAAGAGACGUGAUAACUGAACUUGAAGAAGUUAUGAUUGAAUUGGAGCCACUUGAAUUGAAAAAACAAGAAUUAGAAGUUGCUGCUGAAAAUAGAGCAAAUAUGCAUUCGUGGUUGGGUCUCAUUGCAAUGGCAUGUCAAGUUGGUAUUUUAGCAAGAUUAACCUGGUGGGAAUACUCAUGGGAUAUUAUGGAACCUGUGACAUAUUUUGUCACUUAUGCCACUGGCAUGUUAUGCUAUAUUUACUUUAUCAUGACAAGACAGGAAUUUAUGCUACCAGAUGUUAUGAAUAGACGUUAUCUUGUUGCACUUCAUAAACGUGCACGUGCUGUUGGAUUAGAUUUAAAUCAAUACAAUUUAUUAAAAGAACGUCAACAUGAGCUUGAAACAACAUUAAAAAUAAUACGUGGUCCACUUUAUAAUCAUAAAACUAAAGUUGAAAAAAAAUUACGUGAUCGUGGUAAAUCAUCAUCAAGUUCUUCAUCAAGCUCAGAAUCAAGUUCACCAUCAUCAACACCAAAAAAAGAACGUUAUCGUAGUCCAAGUCCUGAUGAAAGAAAACAUUGAUAAAUUUAAUUAGAAAAAAAAAAAAACUAUAAUAAUUUUCGUAAUGCAAAAAUAAAUAUCCCUUGAUAUAAUUUAAUUAUAAUUUCAUUGGGAUUGUAAACGCUCAAAAGAGUUGUAUGAUAAUAAUUAUAUGGUCGAAAAAAAAUAAUACCAAAAAAAAAGGAAAAAAAGAAAAGAUAUUUAAAAAUAUUAAAAUUAAUUAUAUAAUAGUAAAUUUGAUCGUUGGAUUAUCUUGAUUAUCUAACGUCAUUACAAUUCAUGCAUAUCUGUAAUUAUUAUUUUUAUUAUUAUUAUUAAUUUCUCAUUUAAACUGAGAGUGCAAAAAAAAAUCAUUUGUCAAGUUUAAAUUGAGAGGCCAUAAAAGUAUCGAAAUGAUAAAUAAUUGAAUGACGAAAAAAUUUAUAAUUAUCUAAUUAAUCUCAGGCAUGAGUACUUGAAAAUAUAAAAAAUUUAUUUAUUAGCUCAAUGGGUAAUACACAAAAACAAUUGUGUUUUUUGGUUUGUUUAAUUUUUUUUUUAUUUGUAAAUUUUCAUUGCUCGUAUUCAUCAAUAAAUAUUGUGAAUAUUCUAGUCGACAUUAUUAAAUAAAUUUCUCUACCUCUUAAUUCCCCAUGAUACUAAAAUAAAUAUUAUUAAAUAUGUCUGAAUCAAAAUAUAAAAUCCCAUCAAGCUCAUUAAUCUAUCUUACAAUUUAAUUUAAUAUCUUUUAAAAAGAAAAAUAACUAAAUACUAUUAUAUAUAUAAAUGAUACUCUGCAUUUCAUACGCUUCAAUUAGAAAUUUAAUAAAUUACGAGAUAGAAAAAUUAAGUAAAAAAUAUUUAGUUAUAAGUUGUUUGAAAAAUUGUUUAAUAAAUAAUAUCACAAGAUGAAUUAAAAAAUGCAAAAACAAUAUGUUUAAUAAUAUGAUUUCAUUAUUAAACAAUUAAAAACAAUGAAACCAUUAAUUAGAUAAUUAAAAUAGUUAGAAAAUAUUUAAAAAUAAAGGUGCUGUUCUUCCGAAAGAGGAACAUUAGAAAAAAUAAUGUUGCUCGUUUAUUGAAAGUAGACAAUUUUUUGUUGUUAAAUAAAUAUUAAAGACUCAAA